AUGGCCAAACCCACCGCACUCAUUCUCACCUUCCUCCUCUUCCUCCUCCUGGUGUGGGCCGCCAGCUCCAACUUCGACGCCACCGCCUCAUGCCGUUACGUCACCGCGCCCCAGCUCUGCACCUCCGUCGCCAUCUCGUCUGCCGCCACGUCGGCCAAGGCCCUCACCGUUGCCGCCGUGACCGAGGCCGCGUCCACAGCCAAGCAAGUAUCGGCCGCCGUCGACACCAUCCUGGCCCACUCGGUCACCGACGCGAACCAGAGGGCCACCCUCGAGGUGUGCAAGAGAAGCUACGAGAGCGCGGUCGGAAGCCUGGAGAAGGCGGUCGAGAAACUGCAGUCCGGGGCGGGCUCGCACGGUGACAUCAUCGCCGACAUAUCGGCCGCGCUCACCGACGCGGGCAGCUGCCGCGACACUUUCAGCCAGAACCCCGGCAUGGUGUCGCCGGUCGCCGAGGAAGCCAGCGUCCUCAAGAAGUUGGUCAGCAACAGCCUCGCCUUGGCCUCAGAUUUGGGCGUUGACACGCCUGCCGACUGA